GGUGACAGAUACUGCAGCAGUGCUGGAAAAACUUGGAACAGAAUGUGGACCUUUGGGAGGUUCUGGUUACUUUACUGAUUGCUUAAGUUUUCCCUCUAGAUCUGUUGAAGCUGGCACAUUCGAGACACCAGCAGCACAAGCCUGGUGUACCCUCUGGGAUACAUCCUGCAAGCCCCAUCUUCUCUCUCCUCUCCUCCUGCCCAUCACCUCCAUCCUACGUUGACCUCAUCCCUGUGUGCUUAGAGCAGCAGGACUGUUCUUGUUCAUGGUACCCCUGUCCCUGGCAGGGGGUUGGAACCAGAUGGUCAAUAAGGUUUCAAGGAGUUGCAGCUAUAACCGUUCCUGUUGUAUCUGAGAUGCUGACUGUGAUUUUCUGUCGUCUGAAGUGGAUGGAGGGUUUGGGGUAGAUACGUAGAUGCUGUUCCUUCGAUCAUCCUUUCCUUGGCACGGUGUGGACCUGGCAGAGCCCUGACAAGGUUCAGUUGUGCCGCUGGAUGCCCCAAACCCAACCCCUGUGGCUGGGAGUGCUGUCCCAACGCUCCCUGAGUUCUGGCAGCUCAGGGCUGUGCCCAAUACCCGGGGAGCCUGUUCCAUUCCCACUGCCCUCUGGAACAGAACCUUUCCCUAGUGCUCACCCUGUGUCACACCUUCAUUCAGGCUGAGCAUCAUCCUGGUGGCAGCGGGAGGAGCCGUCCUGACACCCCGGUUUCCAUCCCAAAUCAUUCCUCAUGCCACACUCUGCGUCCUCAUGCAGAGGGAUGCCAGUGAGAUGGGCGAGCAGGGAUUCAGGGCUGGACUCGGUGCCCCUUCCCUCUGCCCUGGCACAUCCCGAUGACUCGGGUGACGAGGAGCCCGCCUCACAGUCAGACAAGAGCGAGCUGCACAGCACGCUGAAAACCCUCUCGAGUAAGGUGGAGGACCUGAGCACCUGCAACGACCUGAUUGCCAAGCACGGUACGGCCCUGCAGCGCUCGCUCAGCGAGCUGGAGAACCUGAAACUGCCAGCUGAGAGCGGAGAGAAGAUCAAGGCUGUGAAUGAGCGAGCCACGCUCUUCCGCAUCACCUCCAAUGCUAUGAUCAACGCUUGCCGUGAUUUCCUGGACUUAGCAGAAACUCACAGCCGAAAAUGGCAGCGGGCGCUGCAGUAUGAGAGGGAGCAGCGGAUCCGCCUGGAGGAGACGCUGGAGCAGCUGGCCAAGCAGCACAACAGCUUGGAGAGAGCCUGCCGUGGGGCACCAGGCAGCACAGGCAGCACCGGCACCGCCAAAGGGAGUGUGCAGUCUGCCAAAGGAGAAGCCAGUGAUGAAGAUGAAGAGACAGAGUAUUUUGAUGCCAUGGAGGAUGCACCAGCUUUUAUCACUGUAACUGCAGACCCCAAGCACCACAGGCGUUCGGGCAGUAACCUGAGCGGGGCCAGCGAGGGCCACCCUGAGGACUGGAACCUGGAGGACAGUGUAUUUGAAAGCUCAAAUCAAAGCAGCUACAAUGAGUCCUGCAAAGAUCUCCUGCCGAAGAAAAGGAGACGGAGCCGCAUCCCUGACAAACCCAACUACAGCCUUAACCUCUGGAGCAUCAUGAAGAACUGCAUUGGCAAAGAGCUCUCCAAGAUCCCCAUGCCUGUGAACUUCAAUGAACCUCUCUCCAUGCUGCAGCGGCUGACGGAGGACCUGGAGUACCACGAGCUGCUGGACAAAGCAGUCAAGUGUGAGAGCUCCACAGAGCAGAUGUGUUUCGUGGCAGCUUUUUCUGUGUCUUCCUACUCGACGACGGUGCACCGCACUGCAAAGCCGUUCAAUCCGCUGCUGGGGGAAACCUAUGAGCUUGACAGGCUGGAGGAGCUGGGCUUCCGUUCCCUGUGUGAGCAGGUGAGCCAUCACCCCCCGGCAGCUGCCCACCAUGUCUCCUCCAAGCGAGGCUGGACGCUGUGGCAGGAGAUCACCAUCGCCAGCAAGUUCAGGGGCAAAUACCUCUCCAUCAUGCCUCUGGGUGCCAUCCACCUUGAGUUUCACUCCAGUGGAAAUCACUACGUAUGGAGGAAAGUCACCUCCACAGUUCACAACAUCAUUGUGGGCAAGCUCUGGAUCGACCAGUCUGGUGAAAUAGAGAUUGUUAACCAUAAGUCAAAAGAUAAAUGCCAGCUGAAAUUUACCCCCUACAGCUACUUCUCCAGGGAUGUCCCCCGAAAGGUGACGGGAGUGGUGAGUGAUGCUGAUGGCAAAGCCCACUAUGUCAUGUCAGGCACGUGGGACGAGAAGAUGGAGUGCUCCAAGAUUGUGCAGAGCAGCCAUGGCAGCGCCGGCUCAGAGGGCAAACAGAAAACUGUCUACCAGACGUUGUCCCCAAAGGUCUUGUGGAAGAAGUACCCCCUCCCGGAGAAUGCCGAGAACAUGUACUACUUCUCCAGCCUGGCCCUCACCCUGAAUGAGCCCGAAGAGCGCGUGGCCCCCACGGACAGUCGGCUGCGUCCUGACCAGAGGCUGAUGGAGAGUGGCCGCUGGGAUGAGGCCAAUGUGGAGAAGCAGCGGCUGGAGGAGAAGCAGAGGGCUGUGCGCCGCAGGAGGGAGGCUGAGGCUGUGGAGGCCUUGGAGGAAGGAAAGGACUACGAGGGCUACAUCCCACUGUGGUUUGAGCGGAAGGUGGAUCCCAUCACAGGGGAACUGAUCUGUGCUUACAAAGGCGGCUACUGGGAGGCCAAGGACAAGCAGGACUGGAGCUCGUGCCCCGAUAUCUUCUGAGCUGCCGUGCUUGCUGUGGUGUGGCCAACCUGCAGCAGGACAGACAGACAGAGGGACAACGAGGACACACAGCAACGUGCUGCCAGUGGUUGACAGCGCAAAUAAACACACACACAGACACACACACGGCGUCAAUACAGGCAGAAAUUGGACAGAGAGAAUCUAAACAGGGAUUCCAAACCUAUUUUUUUAUGCACUAAUAAAUAGCAUCUUUUUGGUUUUGUUUUUUUUUUUCUUUUUUUAAACAGUGGCUUUUUCAGCUACUUAAUUAGGACACGUGGCUCCGGUUUGUUUGUAGCCUAUGGUAUUUAUUGCUGUCAGGAGCUGCUGCCUAUAUCUUUCAGUGUCUUGGCCCUAUUGGCUGAGACAACAACUUCCAAAGAUGCUCGUGUCGUGGGGGUGCCGUGCAGUUGUGUGAGCUCUUUCUUUCGGCAUCUUUUCCCCCCCAUUCAUGAAAAAAACAACCCACACAACCUCUUUAAUCCUGAUUCAGAUUCCUUAAGAUAACCAAACGAAACCAGCUGUGAACCCAGAACCAGCUGUGAAGCCCAGAAAGCAAUGGGGGGCUGUGGCUGUUGCUGGAGGCUGCAGGUGGUUCCUAUGGCUGCACCCCCAUCUCACCCAUCAGGAUGUUUCAGCUGACGACCUGCUUUGUUUCCAUGACCAUGGUGAGCUGCUGGUACAUGGAGGACUCAGGAGGAGGUGAUGUCGCACCACAUGACAGAGGGAACCAGAAACCUGCACACCCGCUAUUCAUGUAUCUCUGGGUCUCUGUCACACCGUACCGAGCUCUCCCUCCCAUGGGCCGCCUGCAUCCGGACAGCCACGUCCCCAUUGGAAGAUAAUGAGCAAUAAUGAAUUUUGAGGCGAUGGGAACUGUGAUACCCUUGGAACAUUUAUGCAAUCAGCUUCUUCCUCCAUCAGCCUCCUCCUGGUUGGCUUCUUAUCCAGCACCUGCUGCCUACAGCAAACCUGUGUGUACAGUUAUACAUAGACCUCGUCUGACAUAACAGUAGUGAGUGGCUAUUGGAGUGGCAACACCCACUGAGCUCAACAUACCCCUCCAGUCUUAUUUAUUUGCUUCUAAUUUAUAUAUAUAUAUAUAAAUAUAUAUAUAAUUAUUUUGCUGAAAUUUCUAUGGUACGCAAUAGAUGAAAAACGAUGAAGACAGAUGCAUCUGUCUGAGGUUUUUGUAGCACGAAGCUGAGUGCCCAGCCCUGGGCAGGGUGUGGGGGGUGAUGGUGAUUCAUUCCCAAAGCCAACAAGUGACGUUUUGUCUCCUAAGCUCUUCAAGCUGCUGUGUUGGCUGCUUGGAUGCAGCUGGCUCCAGCUGUGCCACAUCCAGCCCCAAGGCACUCAGAUCUGCUUUGGAGAUGUUCCCACCUCAAUAAUGCCUUAUUUUCCUCUUCUUUUUUUUUUUUUGGUCAAUGCAAGAGAAUGCAGGGAAAGGUGAGCAGCCCCACACCCCAAAGCUGGAGCCUGGUGUCCCCAGGACGCGGGGUGACGUUGCUCAGGGACUGUUGGCUCUAUGGCCUACAGGUGGGACACAGCUCCUGUCCUGUUAGCCCCCCUUCCCUCUGCUGUGUAUCUCCCAGGAUCACCAUCACAGACAGCUGAGUGCAAGGAGUGCCCCGACAACACAAAUCCCACCCCCUCCCCUUUUUUAAAGCUAAUUUUAUCUUCCAGAGAUCACCGAGCAGCAUCACUUCAUCUGAGCACCAUCUCCUUCCCUUUCUAUUUCCCCCUUACCGCCUCCCCCUCCCUACCCCCCCACCAAAGGAUUUUAAUGUCAUUCUACUGUAAAUGCUGUUGAAUGUAUUUCUUUUUGAGCAAUAUAUUGUGAGUGACCCUCCCCCCCCACUCCCCCUUCUCCUACAUGGUAAUAAAACUUGGAUUCAGGAAUUUUAAAA